CGUACCACUACGCAAACUCUCAGUACUCGUCGACUCUUAGUCGUCUUACUCGUUCUUUCGCCUCCUUUUCACACAACGAUAAACUCUUUUUAAAAAAGUACUCUUAAAAAACAUGCCUCGACUAUCCAGCGACCCGAAUCUGAGUAUCUGUCCGGAUUACGCUGAAGAAAGCAUUGAUGAAGACCAAGCCAUCAUAAUACUAAGGAAUAUAUGGCUAACGGGUAACAACGCCGACAAGGCCCAGUGGCAGAACCAAGUAGAAGAAGAUGCAGAGCACUGUCAGCACUUAGAACGUCUCCAUGAGGAAGAGCGAGAGAGACAGGACCAAGACCACAUCGAUGAAGAUGAAGCUGCACACAAAGAGGAUAGGAAGAAAAACAAAUUUAAGUACACCUCCAUUCCCAGUCUUGACGUUCCUAUGAAACCUGUCAUUAUCCCAUCCGCUUACGCCAUUUGCAAGCUCGAUAAAGGAGGCUAUGUCGAAUUGUGGUAUUUUACCAAUGCAGGUCUCGACGAUGCGAAACUCAAGUCUUCGGUCGACGAAGAUGCGAUGGCAAUGGAAGAUGCUUCUUGGCCAGAUGAUCGUAUCACAAUGAUGGCAAAGUUCUGGCGCAACCUCCAAGUCCAUGACUUUCAUUCAAUGCGCAACCCCUUAGCACAGAAGUCUCUGCUCGUCUACCAAGCAGAACAGCGCAAAUGCUGGCAUAUGGCAGUCAAGACAGCCGCAGGAGCCUAUGAUUUGUCUCGAAUCAAUGAGAUACUCCUGGAACGCAUGAGAAACGACAUCUAUCUCGAAGAGCGUAAGAAACAGGAUAAUCAGCACGAUUACAAGGUCAGUGCUCGCAACCCGUACUCGAUACACUGA